AUGUCAUAUUUAACUAAAAUUAUAACCAAUUUGCCCUAUAAACAUUCAUUUUACAAUUAUGUUCAUUCAAGAACUGCCGUUGACCUGGUGUAUAAAGUUCACGGAAACGAAAAUUACAAUAACGCACCGGUAAUCGUUAUUCAUGGAUUGUUAGGAAUGAAAAAGAAUUGGGAAAGUGUUUCUAAAAAGAUCAAUGAAAAUACAAGUAAAACUGUUAUUACGGUUGAUGUAAGGAAUCACGGAGAGAGUCCACAUACUUCCUCGCAUACGUAUCACGAACUAGCGUCGGAUAUAUCCCAACUUAUAAGUAAAUUAUCGCUGAAAACUUCGCACAUCAUCGGUCAUAGCAUGGGCGGAAGAACUGGUAUGGUUUUAGCCUUGACCGAGCCCUCAAAAAUAGAAAGUUUAAUAGUUGUCGACAUAUCUCCUGUGUCAACCGCUGGUAUACUGAACGAUUUCUUUCCCAAAUUAAUAAAGGCGAUGAGAAGUACGAAUUUCGAAGGAGCUGACCAUAUCAGCAAGGCGAGGAGUAUAGCGAGAGAUCAUCUCGCAUCGACGGGUGUUGUCAAACCCGAGUCUAGUGGAUUUAUUCUCAUGAAUAUUGGUCCCGUUAAAGGUGGAUCGUAUGGCUGGAUAUGUAACUUGGACACACUAAUAAAACAUUUUACUGAUAUAGCAACAUUUCCGAGCAAUCUCAAUGGGAAACAGUAUUCUGGUAAAACUUUAUUCAUCGGUGGAGAUAAAUCUAAUUAUAUUCCACCAGAAGAUUUAAAUGGGAUAAAGAAAUAUUUUCCGAAAGCCGAACUGGAGUAUGUGAAAGGGGUAGGACAUAACGUACACGCUGAAGAUCCAAGUACUUUUUUGAAAAUUGUGACUAAAUUUCUUACAUAA